AUGAGUGCAGGUGACAAGAUUGGCGGUGUCUUGAAAGGCGCCAUCGAAACCAUCCACGGUGCAGGCGAGUCCAUCCGUGGCAACAUUAACGACCGCCUCGACUCGGCAGGCGAAGGUCUCAGAAGCGCCGACUCGACCAAUUCGACCGCAAACGCUUCUGAUCCCUCCACCUUUGGUAGGAGCAGCGACUACAACAACUCUGCCAACCACCAGGACGUCGCCAAAAACGGUAGCGCCGAGUUCAAGCACGGUAUCUCAAAGCUCCAGAAUGCUUUCAGCUCCAACACCACCUCGUCCAAGCCUCAAUCGUCGACCUGA